CUUGACAGAAGUGACGUGUAAACUGCAUUCGUCGGCGCCCCACAGUUUUCUAAUUAAAAACAAGAAAAAGCUCAAAAUGAGCGUUUUCAAACGUGAUAAGAAGGAGGAGGAGGAUAGCGGCGGGAAUCCCUACCAGAACUUGGAUAAGACGAUCGUGUUGCAAGAAGCUAGGUACUUCAACCAGACUCCGGUCAACCCUCGAAAAUGCAGCCUGAUUUUGACGAAGAUCCUCUACUUGCUCAACCAGGGAGAGAAGUUGACGACCCAGGAGGCCACAGACGCGUUUUUCGCGACUACCAAGCUGUUUCAAUCCAAAGAUGUGAUGUUACGUCGGAUGGUGUAUCUUUGCAUCAAGGAACUGAGUACGCUCGCGCAAGAUGUGAUAAUAGUAACGUCUUCGUUGACGAAAGACAUGACUGGGAAGGAGGAUUUGUACCGGGCAGCGGCUAUAAGAGCCCUGUGCAGUAUUACUGACAGUACGAUGCUGCAAGCCAUUGAGAGGUACAUGAAACAGGCUAUAGUGGAUAAGAAUCCAGCUGUGAGCUCCGCGGCGCUGGUUUCGGCGUUGCAUCUGUCUUCGACGGCUCCUGACCUCGUGAGGCGUUGGGCGAAUGAAGCUCAGGAAGCAAUUGCAUCUGACAACGCAAUGGUCUCCUACCACGCUCUUGGAGUCGUCGCUGGUUCACGCAAGAACGACAAGCUGUCUACCGUCAAGCUGGUAACUCGCUUAGCUCGGUCACCGUUGAAGUCUCCUUACGCUCUCUGCCUACUUAUCCGUCUAGCGGCCCAGCUUGUCGAAGACGACGAUUCCGAUGCAUCUCAACCUUACAUCGAGUUCAUCGAAUGCUGCCUUCGCCACAAAUCCGAAAUGGUCAUCUACGAGGCCGCACAUGCUAUCGUCAACCUCAGGAAAACAGCCAGAGAUUUAGCUCCAGCCGUUUCUGUACUUCAGCUAUUUUGUGGGUCAUCCAAAGCGUCUCUAAGACUUGCAGGCGCGAGAACUCUUGCCAGAUUGACAGCGAAACACCCGACUGCUGUCGCUGCGUGCGCUGUUGAUCUAGAAAACCUAAUUUCUGAUCCCAACCGUUCUGUAGCCACUUUGGCCGUGACAACUCUUCUUGCAACUGGCGCUGAGAGUUCUGUCGAUAGGUUGAUGAAGCAAAUAUCCAGUUUUGUGUCCGAAAUCUCCGACGAAUUUAAGAUUGUCGUCGUGAGAGCUAUAAGACGUCUUUGCACGAAGUUCCCGAGGAAACACCAGGCGUUGGCCGCGUUCUUAGCUGGCAUGCUGAGAGACGAAGGCGGUUUGGAGUACAAAGCAGCCAUCGCUGAUGCUAUCAUAGCUUUAGUCGAAGAAAAUCCGGACGCGAAAGAGACCGGAUUGGCUCAUCUCUGCGAGUUCAUCGAAGACUGCGAGCAUACUGCUCUCGCUGUAAGAAUUCUGCAUCUGCUAGGACGUGAAGGACCAAAAUCCCGUCAACCGUCCAGAUACAUCCGCUUCAUUUACAACCGUGUGAUCUUGGAGUCUGGACCGGUGCGUGCGGCGGCUGUGUCGGCUGUAGCUCAAUUCGGAGCUCAAAGACCUGAGCUGCUUCCCAAUAUCAGGGUUUUGCUAGCCCGCUGCCAAAUGGACGACGAAGAUGAAGUGAGAGACCGGGCGAUUUACUACAGCGCCAUUUUGGAUACCGGAGAUGCGCAACUCAUCAAUGAUUACAUCGUCAACGUCCCUAAGCCGAAUCCGGUGCUGUUAGAGAAAGCUUUGAGAGACCAUUUGGCGACAAGUCCCGAAGAAGUAUUCGAUAUCAAGGCCGUGCCUACUGAGGAGGAGCCUAAGGAAAACAAAGAAGCAAUAGUCGAGAUCGAAGUGCGCAAACCAGUAUUACAGUCCUUGGAAGAGAUGUACGCCGAACAGCUGUCCAAAAUCCCAGGCAUCGAACGUCUUGGUCCAGUAUUCAAAACGAACUUGCCGAUCGAUUUGACGGAAGCAGAAACGGAGUACCGCGUGCGUUUGAUCAAGCAUGUGUUUGGAAGACACGUCAUUUUCCAAUUUGAAUGCGUCAACACGCUAAGCGAUCAGUUAUUGGAAGAUGUGCAUGUCAGACUCGAAUGCCCUCCCGAAUAUGAACUAAAGACCGAAGUAGCUUGCCAGAAUUUAGCAUACGACAAGCCGGGAAGCGUUUUCGUAGUAGUCGAAUAUCCUUCAGCUUUCCUGGACAGUCUGGGCACUUUCGGAGCCACUUUGGAAUUCACAGUUCGCGAUUGCGACCCAACAACAGGAGUGCCCGACCCAGGAGAAGGGUACGGAGACUCGUAUCCUUUGGAGGAGUUCGAUAUGGGCUGUUCUGACCAGAUUAGAGCUAGAGCAGCGUCUGACGAUUGGGAUGCGACUUGGGAGAGGUCAGCUAACGCGCCCCAAGCGUCUGACACCUUUGCCCUGUCGCAAAACGACGUCAUGGACGCAGCGAAAGCAGUUUGCGAGCAUCUAGGAUUACCCAAGAAUGCUAUAGUGGGGGAGGCUGUGAAGGAAAUCCGUGGAGGUGGCAUUUUCAGGGGCGGGGCUCCGGUUCUGGUGAGAGCUAGAUUGGUGUCGAGCCCUGGUGGUGUUACUAUGCAGUUGGCGGCUAGGUCGCCUAGGGAGGAUGUCGCACAGUUGCUGCUAGCUGCAGUAGGUUAAAAUUUAGGCUUAGUUGUGUUUUCGAUUGUGGAAUGUGGUCUAUGAAUCGAGAUCUUGGAAAAUUUUCUCCAAUAGACAGUGAAAUAUAAGGGUUCCGUUUUUUGACAUUUGGCUACGGAACCCUAAAAAUGGCUAUUUCUUAGAUUAAAAAACCUUUUACGUGGUUUACAAAACGAGCCCUCAAGCGGAAGUGUUGUACUACAAUAAUGGCUUUUAUUCACAGAAAAUAAGAGUGAUUUUAAGCUUAACAUGUUCCAUCUAAUGUGUCUCUCUCGGAGAGUCCAGGACAAAAAGAGACAGCACAAUUAUAAAUUUAGAACAUCUUUUGGCCUAGAAAACAGAAUAAAAGAUAACAUUUCACAAUCGAACCGCCGGUAUUUUAUAGCAUUUCGUAUGUCAGUUCGUAUAGCCGAUAUAAUAUUGAAAUUAUACUACAUAUACACAUAUUUAUAAUUCCCACAUUGAUAUCUCUACUCUCAACCACGGCUUUUAUAAAUGCCUACAGAAUUCAAACUUGUCGGCCGAUAGUUGGGUCCGGCUGUUGAUCAGUAAGGACAUGUAUGAAAGUGCGCACAUUACACCGAUUUGGUAUCGGCCGAUUCUUCAUACUAAUAAGAAUCGGGCCCAACAAUCGGCCAACUAAAAACGUGUCUGUGGGGUCUAAAAUCUACUACAAAUUAAAUCUAUCAAGAACUAACGCCGUUACUUCGUGAAAAAUAUCAUCAAUCAAAAGAAGCUGGAUUCUAAUUUAAGCAUAAAUUAAUAUACUGUUUUUUGAAAUGAAUAUAAUCCGGUGCAGAAUUCUUGGAAUUGGAAUAAUUUUAGUCAUUGUGCAAUCUUUUUGUGGUCACUUUAGAAUGUGUAUACCUAGAUCGUUUCAUCCACGAAGACGCGCCCCAAGCGUCAAGCAAUCCGAGCUUCAUUAUUGUAGUGUGCUUGUGCACUGAUGGAUAAUUUAGCUUGUACCGAUAACACUCAAACAUUCGCGGAAGAAUGGUGGGGCGCGUCUUCGUGGAUGAAACGAUCUAUACAUAUUACAUACCUACUGUGGGUAAUUUAACCUAAAAGCAGUACUUAUUCAGCUAAUCAUUCCUGUGUUUUUAUUUAAAUAGGUAUUUAGAAAUGCCA